GAACCAUCUUCUUCGGUUGUGUUUUCAUCAUCACGCUCUCCAGUCACCACAUCAUCAAGGACUGUACCUUCUCCAACAGCGUCUGCUGAGCCUACCACGCCUUCAUUAACAGAGCCAUUUUUCAAGAAGUCUUCUCUCCUCAUGCUGAGCGUGGUCGGGAACGGUCUGGUGGUUUUGGUAGUGGUGGCUACCAUUGUGGUCGUGGCACUGGUCGUCUGUAGCAAGAGACGGUCGCGGCGGAAAGCCUUAGAUCACGUCCACUACGACAUUGCCAUGGACAAGGUCAAGGUUAAAUCCGUCAAAACUGACAAGAAAAACGAAAACAGCGAUCAUGUCUAUGAGACUCUUGACAUAUACACUCCGACGCCUGAGAGUAGAUACGGGAUAUCUGCAAUUGGGCCCACUUACGCAGCAGUCAACGCUAUGUACAAGGUGGAUGAAGACGGUGAGGUAGUGGAUGUGGAGGAGAAUGUUGCCUAUGACACAGCCAAUAUGGCCAGAGUUGAUGUGAAUAAGAACAUAGCGUACGCAGCUCUGGAGAGAAAGCAACAGCUAAGAUCAAACUCAUGUCGCACUAUGCCACUCCCUGAUCUUCCCUGACACCUAGCACACGCUAUACACGUUCCUCAACUUUGUCGCAAAAACGUUGGCCACUCUCGGAUAGCAUCACACCCUUGCAUUGAGGUAGCCUGAAGCAUCUUACUAGCAACUAAAGUUGUGCACACCAACCAUGCACUGAGAUUAUGUAUACAGCAUGUAUACUUGCCAUCUGUGUCACUCAUCAAUCAUGAUUUUUGUCUCCUCACUCUGUUUUAUUGAGUGUAUAAUUUUGACAUCGUCUC